CUCCCAGUGAGCAGGGAUCACCGGAUCACCGGCACUUGUCCGCCUUUGCCCAGCGAGCAGCCAGCAGCGAGCACCGGCCCCUGCCCGCCACCUCGCCCGACGAUGCCCGCGCUCCCCGCCGCCCGCACCUGGCCGCUCCUCCUGCUGUUGGCCGCCCAGCUCGGCACCGCCGUGGCCGCUCCCCAGCCGUGGCACUGCGCACCCUGCUCCGCCGAGAGGCUCGCGCUCUGCCCGCCCCUGCCCGCCUCCUGCCCCGAGCCCACCCGGCCCGCCGGCUGCGGCUGCUGCCCGGUGUGCGCCCUGCCUCUGGGCGCCGCCUGCGGGGUGGCCACGGCACGCUGCGCCGGCGGACUCAGCUGCCGCGCUCUGCCCGGGGAGCCGCGGCCCCUGUACGCCCUCACCCGUGGCCAGGGCGCCUGCAUGCCCGCAUCUGACGCCGCCCCGCUCAGCACAGAGGCCACAGACGCCGAGGGCCCCGCGGCCCCGGAGACCACGUCGCAGGAGCAGCUGCUGGGCACUUCGCACCGGGCGGCGCCCUCUGGCGGGGACCCGCCCGUGCCCGGGAGGACCCCCAGUGAGCAGGUGAGCGAGAGGGCGCCCAGGGGCGCCGACCUCCAGCAGUGGAGGGGCCCGUGCCGGCAGGAGCUGCACAGCGUGCUGGAGAGGCUGGCCCGCGAGCGGCAGGAGGCCAGAGGCGGGCCCUACAAGUUUUACCUGCCCAACUGCAACAGGGACGGGUUCUAUCACAGCAAACAGUGCCAGACGUCCCUCGACGGGGAGGCGGGGCUCUGCUGGUGCGUGGACCCCCAGAGCGGCAGGAGGAUCCCGGGGUCCCUGGAGGUCAGAGGGGACCCCGGCUGCCAGCAGCAUUUCCACUGAGAGCAGAAGCAGCUCAGCCUCAUCCUCCACGAGAUACUUCAGCGCACAACCUAUUUAUACUCCAGGAGACACCCACUCGCCCACGUGUUUGUAUAUAUAGGAGCCACGUUCAUACUCCACGUACCGCCUGGCCUUCAAAGCUGUGGCUUAUUUAUUCUCUGUAAGUUUAUUUUUCUACACAGGAACUUGUGCUGUAUUAAUUUAUAUUCAUGAGACACUUCUCGCCACGUCGUGUGUAAAUAGUUGUAUUUUAGCUCCUUGAAGGUCGUGCUUCUGUUUGUAGCGAACUGGGGAAACUCUUGCUGAGAAAGUGCUGAGUCAGAUGGG